AUGAAAAGCACAUCAGGGUAUUUUUUCACCCUUGGCUCGAGUGUGUUUAGCUGGUGCUCAAAGAAGCAACAGACUGUUGCUCAAUCCACUACAGAAGUAGAGUAUAUAGUAGCAGCAGCAGCAGUAAAUCAAGCCAUUUGGCUUAGGAAUUUGCUAUAUGAUCUUAAUGAAGAGCAACUUGAACCUACUGAAAUUAAGGUUGGCAAUCAAUCAGCAGUGGCUAUUGCUAAAAAUCCAAUCUUCCAUGGUAAGACUAAGCAUUUUAAAAUCAAAUUUCAUUUUGUUAGAGAGGCUGAGCAGACAGGAGAAGUUAGUCUUGUUCAUUGCAACUCACAAGAUCAAUUGGCUAAUAUCUUGACUAAGCCACUUGGUACAGCAAGGUUUGAGAACUUAAGAAGUAAGAUUGGCGAUGUUAACAACUGGCUGUCUGCAGUGGACAGGACGAUCCCUAAACAAGAAGAGAAAGUGACGCAAGAUGAAGAAAAAGCAAAGAAAAAGUGUUUCGUUGGUUUGUGUCCUAAUAUCUGGACUCGUUACAAGCUUAGCUGGGAAGCUGCAGAGAAGGCGAAGGCUGUUGCCAAGCUACUUGAACAGAGCAAGUUUCCCGAGGUUGCUUAUCGUGUAGCUCUGCAGGAUAUCACGGUCCCACCAGUUAAAGGGUACGAGGAAUUCGAGUCAAGAACGUCUGUUUUGAAUGAAAUAAUGGAGGCACUAAAAGAUAAUAGCGUCAGCGUUAUUGGGGUGCACGGUAUGGGCGGGGUUGGAAAAACAACGGUAGUAAAAGAAAUCGCUAGAAAAGUCAAGGGCAAGGACAAGUUGUUUGAUUCGGUUGUCAUAUCAACAGUAGCUCAAGACAUUGAUAUUGAGAAAAUUCAGAACACAAUUGCGGAGUUUUUGGGCUUGAAAUUUGAGGAGCAUAAUACCGAUGGAAAGGCACUUCGACUACGAGAAAGAUUGAAGAAAGAGCAGAGGGUUCUGGUUGUCUUGGAUGACAUUUGGGGGCAGGUUGAUAUUGAGGAAGUAAGGAUUCCUUUGGGAGAUGAACACAAGGGCUGCAAACUACUAUUAACUUCUAGAGAGCUCAAUGUUUUGUCAAAUAGGAUGGAUGCUCAGAAAUGCUUUACAAUAGAGUCUCUAAAUAAAAAGGAGGCCUGGGACCUGUUCAAGAAGAAGGCUGGCGAUUGUGUUGAAAGUUGCGAUUGGAAGCCUACAGCUAUGGAGGUAGCAAAAAAAUGUGCAGGAUUGCCAAUAGCCAUUGCGACAGUGGCAGGGGCUUUGAGAAGCAAAAGAUUGUUUGAGUGGAAGAAUGCUUUACGAGAACUAGAGAGGCUUUCACUAAGCAACUUCACGGAGAUAACUGCUGUGAGGAAGUUAAUUGAGUUGAAUUUUAAUUAUUUAGGAAGUGAGGAAGUUAAGCAGACUUUCUUGCUUUGCAAUGUAAUGGGCCGUAAUGGUCUCGUUGAGGACUUGGUGAGAUAUAGCGUGGGUUUGGAUUUAUUUGGUGGUGUCAACACUAUGGAAGAAGCCAGAAAUAAUGUUUUGACGGUUGUGGCUAAUCUCAAAGCGUCUUCCUUGUUGCUUGAUAGUUAUGAGGAUGAGCGCUUUGAUAUCCAUGAUGUUGUUUGGGAUGCUGCUUUAAAUAUUGCAUCGAGGGACUAUCAUGUGCAUGUUUUGAGAGAUUUUGUUCCGAAGGAGAAAAUGAACAGCUGGAGAAUGAUAAGCUUAAGGUGUCCUCGAAUUAUAGCUGAGCUUCCUAAGGAGAUGGAGUGUUCAGGUCUUUCCUUUUUCCAUAUGGCCCGUGAUGAUUCAGUGGAAAUUCCUCCCCAUUUUUUUAGACGAAUUGAAAGUCUCAAAGUCUUGGCUUUACCUUCCAUACGUUCAUAUCCUUAUCUACCAGAGUCAAUUAAUCACCUCAUAGACCUUCGCAUGUUGUGUCUAAGAGGAUGGCAAGGUGAAGACAUUACCAUCAUUGGAGAGCUAAAAAAUUUAGAAAUCCUUGACCUUGCUUGCUCUAGUAUCAAAGAACUACCCAAGGAGAUAGCACAAUUGACUCGGUUAAGGUUGUUAGAUUUGAGUUGGUGUUCUGGACUUAAAAUCAUCCCGCCAAAUGUCUUAUCAAGUUUAUCUAAAUCAGAAGAAUUACAUAUGGAGGGAAGCUUUGCUGAAUGGGAAAAUGAUGGAGUAGUUGGCAACAAAAGGAGAAAUGCACGCCUUGAUGAAUUAAACAAUUUGCCUCAUCUAACUACUUUAUAUGCUCAUAUUCCUAAUGCUCAAAUGAUUUCAAAGCAUAUAUUCAUUGAGACAUUAGAUAGAUACAAGAUUUUCGUAGGUGAUGAUCAUUUUGCAUGGAUUUGGAAUUUAAAAUAUGAAUAUUCAAGAACAUUAAAGCUCAAGAUAUAUACAAACAUUUAUUCGGACAACUUGGUGAAAAUGUUGCUGAAAAAGACUGAAGAUUUGUAUCUAAACCUAAAGGGACUUGAAGGCAUCAGGAGUGUACUUGCAGAGUUAAAUAAUGGGGUGGAUUUUUCAAAUUUAAAGAGAGUUGAUGUCAUUAUCACAAUAAAGGACUAUUCAACAAAUUCGGAGCCCUUACCAUUUUUCAAUAAACAGACAUGUCAUUGGAUUUCAAAUUUGAGGAGGUUGAUCAUCAAUGGAUGCGGUAACUUUGAGCAUUUGUUAUCACCCUCUGCCGCCAGAAGUCUGGUGCAGCUCCAACGCUUUGACAUCGCUGAUUGCACGUGCUUAAGGGAGAUGAUAUUUACAGAGGAAAUAAAAGAAGAAGAAAGGAAAGAUGUGAUUUGUUUCCCUCGAUUAAACUCCCUGCGUAUAGGUAACCUUCCAAACCUCAUCUUCUUCUGCUCUGGAAAUUAUAAUAUCGAAUUCUCAUUGUUGAAAGAGCUAGAGAUUGGGGGUUGCCCGAGGUUAAAAGCAUUCAUUAGUCAGACUAGUAAUCAGUCCGGCAUGCACACUCUGUUCAGUCAGGUUGCUGUUCCUAGCUUGGAAACGAUGAGGAUCUUCCAGUUGAGUAACGUGAAGAUGAUAAUUCAUAAUGAGCUACCACCAGAUUCUUUUCAAAAUCUACGAAAUUUAAGUGUUUCAUGCUGUAAGAGUCUGAAAAAUCUAUUUCCAGCGACAAUUGCCAAACAUCUUCCGCAACUUAAAGAUUUAAGCAUAAGAAAUUGUCAGUGUUUACGUGAGAUAAUAUUUACAGAGGAAAUAGAAGGAGAAGGGAAAGAUGUGAUUUGUUUCCCUCGAUUAAACUCCCUGCGUAUGGAUUGCCUUCGAAAACUCAUCUUUUUCUGCUCAGGAAAUUACAAUAUUGAAUUCCAUUUGUUGAAAGAGCUAGAGAUUAAGGAUUGCCCGAAAUUAAAAGAAUUCAUUAGUGAAAGCAGUACUGAGUUCGGCAUGCAUACUCUCUUCAAUGAGAAGGUUGCAAUUCCUAGCUUGAAAAGGAUGAUAAUCUUCCGGUUGAGAAAUGCGAAGAAGAUAUUUCAUAAUGAGCUAGCACCAGAUUCCUUUUGCCAAUUAGAAGAAAUGGUGGUGGAGGACUGUGAUGAGUUAUUGGCUAUUUUUUCAUCUACUAUGGUUGGUGUAUUUAACUAUUUGCAAGAGCAUGUAGAUCGCCAAGGCCAAGGGAUAAGAAGCUUUCAAAAUCUACGAAAAUUAAGAGUUUCAAGGUGUGAGAGUUUAAAAAAUCUAUUUCCAGCGUCAAUAGCCAAACAUCUUCAACAACUUGAAGAUUUAAGCAUAAGAAGUUGUGGGGUGGAGGAGAUUGUAUCGGAAGGGGAAGGAGUAGAGGAGCAACCUGUGAGGUUUGAGUUUCCCAAAGUGUCUUCACUUGUGGUUGAAAACUUAAAAAAGCUCAAAUGUUUCUAUAAAGGGCAACAUACAAUCGUGUGGCCCAUGUUGAAAGAAUUGAGCACAGAUUGUUCUGCUUUGCUAAUGAUAGUGGGUUUAGAAGAUGUUAGAAUCCAAGAAACAAAGGGAAAAGGGGAGGCAGCUUUGUUGGUUGAAGAGGUUUCCAAGGUCUUUCCCAAUUUACAACAACUUGAGUUACGAGAUAUUAGUGAUGUGGAUCAGUUUCCACCGGACUUGUUUCACCACGUUAAAGUUUUUAAAGUGGAAGGUGGUUAUCAUGGUGGAUCGUCUUCUAUAUUUUCUUUCUUGCGAAGUUUCUACAAUCUGGAACGUCUUGAGAUUUUUUCUUUUAAUUUCGAAGAUGUAAUCGUUUAUAAAGGAGAUAUUGGGACUCUCUCAACAAUCAAAAAUCUGAAACUGGAUUCUUCCAUAAAUCUUAAGCAUAUAUGGAGGAAAGAUUCGGAGUUUGGCCAUAUUAUUUCCAAUCUCCAAAUACUCAGAGUUUGGUUUUGUGAUGAUUUUCUGAAUAUUGGAGCCUCGUCAGUAUCUUUCCAAAAUCUCACAACUUUGGAAGUGUCAUAUUGCAAGAUGACACCCUUUGUAGUUGAGAAUCUGGUGCAAUUAACAACAAUGAGGGGAGUUACACCUUCAGCUUUCCUUGUUUGGAUUGUGGCUAUGUGUCCUAAAUUGAAGAUCUUUUCUGAGGGAGUUUUAAGCACCCCGCAAUUACAGAGAGUAAUAAAACAGGAGACUUACUAUCAAAACGAGUAUUGGACAGGCGACUUGAAUACCACCAUCCAACAAUUGUGCACAAAAAAGGGUGGAUCCAAUGGCCUACCUAAUUUGAUCAUCUCUGAUACGUUUCCAAAUUUGAUAGAAAUAUGGAAAAGAAACCCUCAAAAAUUUUUGGAGUUGCAAAACCUUAGAAAAAUGGAGUUUUAUAAAUGUAGCAGCUUGAAAUACAUUUUUACCUCGUCUAUGCUUUUGAGCCUGGAUCAUCUAGGAACGAUAAAAGUAAAAGAAUGCAGUAUAAUGGAACAAGUGAUUAGGGAAGACGAGAAGGAAGCAACGACACAUGAGUUCACAUUUCCUAAGCUUUCCUGCAUAGAAAUAAAGUCAUGUUCCAACUUGACAAAUGUUUAUUUGGGAAGUCGACCUCUUGAAUUUCCAAGGUUGGGUGGUGUUAAGAUAGCAGACUGUCCAAAAAUGAGGACAUUUUCUUCUACAAUUUCAAGAAAGAAUGAAAAAGCGAUUGGUGAGCAAGACGUUGUCAUUCCCAAUUUGAAGCGUUUGACUUUGUCCUCCAUUGACAUUCAUAUGUUAUGGCACCACCCAUCUUUCUCAUCUCUCACACACUUGUGUCGCUUGCGAGUGGAAGGGUGUCACAAUUUGAAAUACCUGUUUCCGUCUUUCUUACUAAAAGAUCUUGUGCUACUCCGAUUCCUUGAAAUUAAGGAUUGUAAUAUGAUGGAACAAGUAAUCUUCACGGAUGGAUUGGGUGCAGAAGAUCAUUGGAGGAAUCAUACGAUUUUACUAGAAUCGCUGUCUCUGAAAGACCUUCCCAAACUCAAAGAUAUCUGCUUUGAAAAUUACCUUGAAUUCCCAUGGUUAAGAGAUUUAACACUAAAAAAUUGUCCUCUGCUUAAAACAUUCAUCUCUAAAUCUGUAUCUGGAGAUGAACCUCCAAUUCACCAACCUACACAAACAAAUAACUCUGCUGUUCUCAAUGAAAAGGUUGUUUUCCCUCGUUUGGAGGAGUUGCUGAUUCAGGAUUGUGAAUCGUUAGAAGAAAUAAUUGAGCUGCAAGGACUCAUUGCCAAUGAAUCACAGUCAACAGUGACCACAAAGUUCGUAUUUCCCCAUGUAACGCACCUUGGAUUGGGUAAGUUACCAAGAUUGGAAAGUUUCUUCUCUAGGAUGCAUACCACCCAAUGGCCAUUGUUGAAACAAAUGGAGGUUAUUGAAUGCCCCAAAGCACGGAUAUUUGGUGAGGUUCAAAUCUCAAACCAACAGCCCUUGUUUUGCGUCAAUGAGGACACUUUCCCUGUUUUAGAGGAAUUAACACUGAAGACGAGUGAUAUGAUAAAGGGGAUAUGUGAUGGACAACUCUCAUUGCAAUCUAAGAGCCUGACGCUACUAGAAAGAUUGAGCAUAGCUGAUUGUGAGUUGAUAGAAGAAAUCACAUCAUGUGAAGGUGAAGAACAGGGCAGCAUUGUUUUUCCCAAGCUGAAGUAUUUGAAACUAUGUCAUCUGCCAAGUCUAGCAAGCUUUUCAUUGGCACAUGAUCACUCGUUGGAGUUCCCAGUCUUGCAAAUGGUGAUAGUGACAGAGUGCCCAAAAAUGAAGAAUUUCUGUCAAGGAGAGUUAAGCACACCAAGGCUCGAACAAAUGCACUUAACAAGAGAUGAGGACGGUGAACUGCAGUGGGAAGGCGACCUUAACACUACCAUAAAGCAUAUGUUUGAUGAAAUGAAUGUGCAAAGUUCUCAAGCGAUCGAGUUUACUGAUCAGUUGCUCCAAAUGGAAUAA